AGCCUAGCAGUUACUUGUAUAGGCUUAACUCCUACUGUCUUGGGUAAGCGCGUGAAGAGAGGGUUCGACUUGAUUUGAUUGUUGACAACUAUGCAUGCCAGGGCCUCGCCAAUUCUUCUCAUCUGGGCUGCGAACCGCACCAGAAAUGUCUCACUGUUUCCAAGCACGCAAGGAACGUUAGAGCUGCUCGCUUGGAGUUGCAAAUGUGCAGGGUGUGGUGGCGUGCAUCAACCUAGUCGGGAGAGGAAGGCACGAGCCCAAGGCAUGAUCCCACGCAUUCAUCCCGCACAUCUGCUUGUGACAGAACCUUUGAAGGGGGUAUGGAAAAAUUUCGUGAUGACGAGCAGAUACUUCGCACAAAUACGAGGCUGUGAUACAAUGCGGUCGGAGACGCAUCUGGACGCUGCUGAUGCAGAGCGUCGCACAGUUCUCGUAUCAUUCCGGCUCGGGGGGUCGAAGACUCGAGGAAGUCGGAUCGCGGCACGAGGGCAUAAUCCUUCAGUCCAUACUUCCAGUUUCAAUCAUCCAGACGUUGGAAUCCGUCAGGGUGGUAUGCGAAACAAGGGUGGAAAUAUUGUUGUGAAAGUUGUACCUGCAUAUUACGGUUGAAGAAGGAUUGUUCCUGAUCAGCCGCUGCAUUGGCAAUAGCUUCGUAAAUGCGAAUGGCUUCAGCCUGUAAGCUUCAUCUCAAAAGGUCAUCCGUCUUCAUGUGUUGUUCACGCGUUCCUCAUGUCGCCACGUUGGAGAAAUUGCGGCCGUGUGAGCUGACCGCAGUCGUUCGA